AUGGCGGAAGACGCGAAAUCGGAAGUCGACAAGCAGGACAUAGUGUUAAUUACAGUGACAGCGAGGAUUCCCGAGUUUUGGACCGACCAGCCUGCACUUUGGUUCAUUCAGUUCGAAGCCGCUGUGGCUCCGCAAAAAGCUUCCGACACAGCUAAGUAUCAGCUUCUUAUUGCCAAGCUUGGCAAGCAAGUGAUCCAGCAGAUCUCAGACAUACUGGAAAGGCCACCAGAGACCGGCAAGUAUGAAGUCGUCAAGGAGCGAUUACUGCAUAUUUACGAAGAAUCUGAGACGAAACGCCUACAGAAACUCAUAGGCGACAUGCAGCUGGGUGAGCAGAAGCCUUCACAACUCUGGCGACGAAUGACUACCCUCGCAGGUAGGCGGAUGCCAAAGGAGACACUUCUAGUAUUGUGGCAGAAUCAUCUACCGGUUGCCGUGCGUACCGUGUUAGCAGCUACGUCAUUGACAGACGGGGAAAAGCUAGCGGAAGUAGCCGACAAGGUCAUGGAAACGAGCAGACCACUAGAAGUAGCAGCUGUAACAUCAUCGAGCGACUCCAGCAGUUUAGCCGACGCGGUAGCCAAACUGUCUUUGGAAAUAGCGGAGAUUAGGAAGUGGAGACACGGUGGAAGGAAGAAUCAACGAUCCAACCAGAGGUCCCGCAGUGUGAGUCGUAACGGCAGAAGUUCCAGUGCACACAAGAGAGACCGACCGUACUGCUAUUACCAUUACCGGUUCAAGGGCGAGGCGCAGAAGUGUCGUCAGCCAUGCUCCUGGGCACAGAAGCGGCAGGAAAACUAG